CCGGCCCGGGGCCUGGCGGGCGGGCGUGGGCGCGCGGGAGGGAGCGGGGCCGGCCCGGCGGAGCGGAGCGCCGGGGCCUGAGCGGCGCGGCCCGCAGCCUCCCUGUGCCCGCGGGCGGGCUGCGCGGCCCCUCCGGCCAUCCCCUCCGGCCACCCGGGAGCCACGGCGCGGCUGACCCGCGGGCCCGGGGCCGGAAAGAAUGAGAGGAAAGGAGAGGGAUCUAGAGAGAAUCAUCGUGGAGGGAAAACAUCCUGACCAGCUGCCUCCUGCACGCCUCCUGCUGGGGACCAAACCCUCAAUCCGAACACGCGCCCCGACCCAGAAUCCUAGGACCUCCUGGUUCCUAGGUACCAGAGCUGGGCCAGUAAUCGAACCUGCAACCUAGGUACAUGCCACUGACUGGGAAUUGAACCCAAGACCCUUCGUCUGCUAGCGGAGAGUCUAAACACUGAGCAAAGCUGGCCACGGCCUGACAUGUAUUUUGUACUUUUUACCAUCUGUGAAAACUUGGCUGUAAUUCAGUUUUCUUCACUUCCAUAUUAAGAACUAUAUCAGUAAAUUGAAAAGAUAUGAAUGACUACCCUAAAAAAAGAAAAAGGAAAACUUUACACCCUUCUCGUUAUUCAGAUUCCUCUGGAAUAAGCAGAAUUGCAGAUGGAUUCAGUGGAAUCUUUUCUGAUCAUUGUUACAGUGUCUGUUCUAUGAGGCAACCAGACUUAAAAUAUUUUGACAACAAAGAUGAUGAUUCUGAUACAGAGACAUCGAAUGAUUUGCCAAAAUUUACAGACGGAAUCAAGGCCAGAAACAGAAAUCAGAACUAUCUGGUUCCCAGUCCCGUACUUAGAAUUAUAGACCACUCUGCCUUUUCUACAGAAAAAUCGGUUGAUGUUGAAAUUUGUGAUGAGGAGUGUGACUCACCAGAAUCACUCACCCAACAAACUCAAGAGGAGAGUCCUAUAGAAGUUCACACUGCUGAAGACGUUCCAAUUGCUGCAGAAGUGCAUGCAAUUUCUGAAGAUUACGAUUUAGAGACAGAAAACAAUUCCUCUGAGAGUCUUCAAGACCAAACUGAUGAAGAGCCACCAGCUAAAAUUUGCAAAGUUCUUGAUAAGAGCCAAGCUCUCAAUGUGACCGCCCAGCAGAAAUGGCCUUUGCUGAGAGCUAAUAGCAGCGGCCUCUAUAAAUGUGAACUUUGCGAGUUCAACAGCAAGUAUUUUUCUGAUUUAAAGCAGCAUAUGAUCCUAAAGCAUAAGCGUACUGAUUCAAAUGUGUGUCGAGUGUGCAAGGAAAGUUUCUCUACCAACAUGCUUCUGAUCGAACAUGCCAAACUGCAUGAAGAGGAUCCCUACAUUUGUAAAUACUGUGAUUAUAAGACAGUGAUUUUUGAGAACCUCAGCCAGCACAUUGCCGACACCCAUUUUAGUGAUCACCUUUAUUGGUGUGAGCAGUGCGAUGUACAGUUCUCCUCAAGCAGUGAGCUCUACCUGCAUUUCCAGGAGCACAGCUGUGAUGAGCAGUACUUGUGUCAGUUCUGUGAACAUGAAACAAAUGAUCCAGAAGACUUGCAUAGCCACGUGGUAAAUGAACAUGCAUGUAAAUUAAUAGAGUUAAGUGACAAAUAUAACACUGGAGAGCAUGGACAGUACAGCCUCCUGAGCAAAAUUACUUUUGACAAAUGUAAAAACUUCUUUGUAUGUCAAGUUUGUGGUUUUCGGAGUAGACUUCAUACAAACGUUAACAGGCAUGUUGCUAUUGAACAUACUAAAAUUUUUCCUCAUGUUUGUGAUGACUGUGGCAAAGGCUUUUCAAGUAUGCUAGAAUAUUGCAAACAUUUAAAUUCACAUUUAUCCGAAGGGAUUUAUUUAUGUCAAUACUGUGAAUAUUCAACAGGACAAAUUGAAGAUCUUAAAAUUCACCUAGACUUCAAGCAUUCGGCUGACUUACCUCAUAAAUGUAGUGACUGCUUGAUGAGGUUUGGAAAUGAAAGGGAAUUAUUAAGUCACAUUCCAGUCCAUGAGACAACUUGAUUAUUCUCUUUAACUUCCAUAAUGCUAAUGUAAAAUAAUAAAUAUAACAUUUUUGGAGAUGCUAAGGAUGAUUUUAAACAAUUAAGCAAGAUUUUUAAUAGUUCAAUUCUUUUGGCAUGGCUACAUUUUUCAGUAUAUGAAUGUAUCCAAAAUGUAUUUUCAGUGCAUGGUAGCUCAUAGUUUUAACCACUCCUGGGGUUUAUUAUCCUGUACAUGUGCUCUGAUUUCAUGAAUGGAUAAGAACCAGAUGUACUAAAAAUACUAGACUUGUUUUCCUUCCAUAACCAUUGGUGCUGUUAACUUUAAAACUCAAGACAAGCUUAGUUUUUCAUGAAUGAAGACAGUAAAAUACUGCAGUACCAAAACUAAAAUGUAACAUAAUAUACAAUUAAGUCUACCAGUACUCCCAUUAAUAAGAUUCCAGAUCCUCCUUUUGCAUUGCCCAUAAGUAAUUAUCCUCAGGGCUCUCCAUCUGAGUGAUUCUUUUAAUAACACUAGAAGGCCAGUGUUUUUGGCAGUCUCCCCCCCCCCCCCACUUUAUUUUAGUCCUUAUAUACAUUAAAUGGUGUAUAUAUGUUCAAGAAUUUAAGGUGGGGAUGGGGAGGAACUGGCAAGGGAUUAGACAAUGAAAAAGUAAAAUUUCAUAAUGCUUAACCUGUUCACAUUUCACUUUCAGUUAUACAACUGCAAAGUCCAAAUUUUUGAUUUCCACUUAUUUGUUAACUAUGAAAUUCCACAGAAGUAUUAACAGGAAGAUCUAGGCAAUAAUAAUGUACACAUUACUUUCGAUAAAGGUAAAAGAAUGUUAGCUCUAUAUUAAUUUCCUGUGGCUGCCAUAACAAAAUCACAAACUGUGUGGCUUAAACAGUAAUGCAUUGUCUAUUUUAGAGCUUAGAAUUUGAAAAUUGAAAUGCUGGCAUAGUUUGUUCCUUCUGAGACCUGUGAGGGAAGGAUCUGUUUUGAGCCCCUCUCCUUGGCUUGUAGAUGGACAUUCUCGUUCACAUGGUGUACUCCCUAUAUGCAAGUCUGUCUCCAAAUGUCCCCUUUUUACAAAGACAUCAGUUCUGUUGGAUAUGGUAAAGACCAAUAUCCCCAAAUUUUGAGGUACUGGGUCCUACAACUUCAACAUAUGAAUUCUGAGGAAGGAGGGAGACACAAUCACAAUUCAAAAGCAGCUUCUUAAAUAGUAUAAAGAAGGUAAAAUUUUGCAUAUCAUUGGCUUCAAAUUUAAUAAAAACUGCAGCUAACAAUGUUGUUCAGGAAUAUAGAUACAGUUGAAGAAACCAGUUUAUGACCUAUGAUUUUUCCACUUCAAAAACAAUGGGCAUUUAAUCUAUUUUGAAAAUGUUGGCAGCAAAAAGUACUUUUAGAACCAAUCAUUUGUUUCUCUACUGUUUUGUCAUAUAUGUGUAUCUGUAUUCUUACAAACUGCCAUCCCAUCUGAUUUUAACUUUCCAGGCAGGGCUGUCUCAUACAAAUGUUUAAAUAGUUUGAAUUAGAAACCAUCUCAUCUAAACCCUCUGGUUUUCUAAGUUUCUUGUAUAAGUAGAAACUUAGGUUGUUGUUGGGUCAAGGACACAAAACCAUUAGAGCCGACAGGAUGGAAUCCAAGUUAUUUGGCUCUGGUCUAAUGUUUCCAUUACACUAUGUUACAUAAAAAUGUAAACUUUGUCCUUGGGGUAUUUUUUCAUGGCUACUUAAUCUAUCCAUUCAGCUGCCUUCUUGGUAAUUCUGUUUUUAUACUUUUUUUGGUAUACAUCAAGCUCCAGGAGUUUAAUUUUCAGGAAACAAAUCUUAAGUAAUGCCUUAUUGGUUUUGUAAAAUUCUGUAAUCUAUUGCUUUAUUUUGAUCAGGUGUUAGUAAUCAAAUUUAAAAAGACUUAUGAAACUAAACAUAUUAAAUUCAAGUUUUAAAAACAUAAACAUUUUGUAUUUUUGAUGAAUCUGCAGCUUGAAGUGACAUCCACCUGACCGCUUGUCCCAAUAAAAACUUUUUGCUUUGA